UUACGUACUAUCUCCACCUCUGGUCUUAUGAAAGCUUUCCUGCCAUCGCCAUACUGUCAAGACAUGUUGACAUCGAACAGCCCAAAAAGGCUGUAGACCAAGUGUUCCACUAGCCCGCGCCCGCGUCCAACCAUCAAGGACAUCUUCGUCGCAGUCUUUGCGUUUCGGGAGUCCCUCACGCCGGUUAGGUAGGCUAAAUCGAUCCCAGUGACGUCUUGUAGUGGCCUUACGAGCUGAUGUCGCUUUCCUACAUAUGUUCAGACGCAGUCGUAGCACUCGAGAACCUCAGCCAGUCACGAGAGAACCAUUUCGAAGGGCUGCUUUUAAACUCGUUCGCAGUGCUUGCAAAUAUCGUCGAUCCUGCCGCGUCAUGGCCGUGAGCCACGACGUCGUACAUGUAGGCGUAGCAUACUGUUACUUGACGGUACCACUCAAACAUCAGUUGAGUGUCGUACUGAUCACCUUAGCACUACCUUUGUUGAUACAGCAGGUAUCGAGCCAUAUCCACUGCAAUGUCUGUUGUCACGCUAGGAAACAUCAGCGGCUUACUCUUGCAUACCAAUGCGUAGCCUUGGAAUUUUGGCAUGUAGGUACAUUGUCCACAUUACGUGAACUUCCCUUCGCGCUAGCUCUGUAGUAAGACUUGACAUGCCGGACAAAUGCGGAAGGCACGCACUGACUCCGUGGCCCGAGCCGCGAAUGCCAGUCACUGCCGAGCUCUGAACGUUUGACAUUGUUGGCCGGCAUGCAUUUUCUCAU